AUGCUUAGGGAUGCGGUAAUGGAAGGUCUGGCGCAUGCCACAUACGUGAAGAAUAAAUAUACCCACCCACACGAUUUAGCCAUAAAGCACCUCAUACUAUGGCAUGGCUAUCUUCCGCGCCCUUCCCGCCAGCGGAGGCAAACCAACCUUGCGGCUCAUGAAGUGUGGCCAUACGGUAACCGUCGGUAUGAGAGUACUCGGCAAGCCGAUAUGGGGUAUGAGAAAGGGGAAGAAGGAACGUCGAGUCACGUUAACUACUUGUGGUCGAAAUUGCCCAAUCAAAAGAGGAAAAACCUUAAACUAAACGUAAGUUUUAGUUGUUUGCUACCACUCAUCAGAUUGACGGAUAUAAAGAUAUGGCAGCCACUUUGGUCAAGCAAUAAGGGAGGCCCAUACAUAUUAUGUCCGCUCCUUAGUCCUAUGGCGAAGAUUUAUAUGUCAGCAAGAAAGAAGCCUUUGGUGUAA